GGUAAACAUGGCUGCUGUAGGAGCUCUGUCGAGAAUAGCCCGGCUGGGCUCCAGAAUAUGUAAAAAUCGUGUAACAUUAAGCGGAAACUCACAGAAAAGAGGAAUAGCCGCAUGCAUCGACCCUUCCCACGGACUCACAGAUGAACAGAAGGAGUUUCAAAAAGUGGCCUUUGACUUUGCAGCCAAUGAAAUGGCCCCACACAUGGCAGAGUGGGACCAAAAGGAAAUCUUUCCAGUGGAGACCAUGCGUAAAGCGGCCCAGCUGGGUUUCGGUGGGAUUUACGUUCAGCCAGAUGUCGGAGGAUCUGGCCUUUCUCGGCUGGACACGUCGAUCAUCUUUGAGGCUUUGUCCACGGGAUGUGUGAGCACCACAGCCUACAUCAGCAUCCACAACAUGUGUGCCUGGAUGAUAGACAGCUAUGGCAAUAAAGAGCAAAGGGAAAAGUUUUGUCCUGAUCUCUGUUCUAUGGAGAAGUUUGCCUCCUAUUGUCUCACUGAACCAGGCAGCGGCAGCGAUGCUGCUUCUCUUCUGACCUCUGCUCAGCGGAAAGGCGACCAUUACGUCUUGAAUGGCUCAAAGGCCUUCAUCAGUGGAGGAGGAGACACAGAUGUCUACGUCGUGAUGUGCAGAACUGGAGGUAAAGGACCUAAAGGUAUCUCAUGUCUGGUGGUGGAGAAGGGAACCCCCGGCCUCAGUUUUGGCAAAAAAGAAAAAAAAGUGGGCUGGAACUCUCAGCCGACCAGGGCCGUGAUAUUUGAGGACUGUGCGGUUCCAGUGGCGAACCGGCUCGGUGAGGAAGGACAGGGCUUCAACUUCGCAAUGAAAGGCCUGAAUGGAGGCAGGAUUAAUAUUGCUUCCUGUUCUCUUGGGGCGGCGCAUGCUUCUGUGCAGCUGGCGAGGGAUCACCUGUUAGUGCGCAAGCAGUUUGGAGAAACACUCUCAAACAACCAGUUUCUUCAGUUCAAACUGGCAGAAAUGGCCACCAAGUUGGUUGCGUCUCGCCUUUUGAUACGUGAAGCAGCGCAGGCGUUGCAGGAGGACCGCCCCGAUGCUGUUGCCAUCUGCUCCAUGGCCAAGCUCUUUGCCACAGACGAGUGCUUUAAUAUCUGCAACCAGGCUCUUCAGAUGCACGGUGGGUACGGUUACCUUAAAGACUACGCAGUGCAGCAGUUUGUCCGGGACAUCAGAGUCCACCAGAUCCUAGAAGGAACCAAUGAAGUGAUGAGGAUGAUCAUUUCCCGAAAUCUGCUGUCGGAGUCGUGAUAAAGCUCGUCCUCUGGAUUUAAACUGACCAUGUUGUUAUGGUCUUCAUAUCUGGUUUGUUACAGUAUGACUGGUGCUGCCCUGCACAUCAUAGUUUCAAUGAAUGUUUCCUCACUUGAGUGUAUGUUCAUCCACCAACCCUCCAUCUAAUAACCCUCGCAAAUCAGCAUCAUUGUCGUAAAUAAACCCUUUAGACUUCAUGUUUGAAUGUGUACGCCACAUCAGAUGUAAUGUAAGUUAGCACAACCAACUUCAGUGUAGUUUUUUCAAUCCUUCUGUCACAAAUCACCCUUGACACUCGUCUCCAACUGCUCCACCCUGCUGGCACUCCGUCUGUUGCUUUGAAGGGUUUACCCCAGGUAAUUAAACUCAUCCACCAGCGACGGAGAGAUGACAGAGGAAAAAGUAAUAAGAAAAAGUAACAGUUCAUAAAAUCCCAGCAUCACUGUGCCUAAAGUGGUCUUUCAAUCCUUAUGUAUAUUCAUGGUUAUUGCAAUUUUACUGUAUUUCAUCCUUUUCUUUGCUUUUUGCAGAAUUACAGAAAUAUGUCACAGGUGCUGUGAAGGUUAUAUAAUAAAAUGUUACACUCCAAA